CGAAAUUCUAAAAUCCAGCAAUAGCGCAUCGGACUUGAUCAAAAAUGAUGUUGCCUCCGAGCUUGGUAUCACUAUGGCUCUUGCGGGGUAUUGACUAUAUGUUGCUAACAUACUCCAACAUUCUACAGGCCUGCGCUGCGAUUCCUCGCUGUCCAUUCUUUCAUUUCGUUUCCCAUGUCCAGCUCCAACGUCUUUGCCAUGCUCUCCUUACUGUUAUUGUCUAUUUCGUCUUGCGCCGGAGCGGCGGCUAUCGACAAACGUUUACCAGUUCCGGCAGGUUAUGUCGCUGCCCCUUAUUAUCCUGCUCCUCAUGGAGGAUGGACGUCAGAUUGGUCGGAAAGUUACCGGAAAGCCUCGCUUCUCGUUCAAAACAUGACCUUGGCUGAGAAGACUAACAUUACCGCCGGUACUGGCAUUUACAUGGGCCGGUGCGUAGGGAACACAGGAAGCGCUUUGAGGGUUGGCAUACCUCAGCUUUGCCUGCAGGACGGCCCUCUCGGCGUUCGGAAUACCGAUCACAACACGGCUUUUCCACCUGGUAUCACGACGGGCGCCACAUGGGACAAGGACUUGAUGCAUGCACGUGGCGUUGCGCUAGGAGAAGAGUUCAGAGGAAAGGGUAUCAACGUCCAUCUGGGGCCUUCUGUAGGACCCUUGGGAAGGAAGCCGCGUGGAGGAAGGAAUUGGGAAGGCUUUGGAGCGGACCCGGUGUUGCAGGGAUUUGGAGGCGCGCUCACCGUGGAAGGCGUUCAGAGCGUCGGUGUGAUUGCGACUAUCAAGCACUUCAUCGCCAACGAGCAGGAAAUGUAUCGGAUGUACAACUUAGUCCAGCCGGGGAUUUCAUCGAACUUGGACGACCGAACACUUCACGAGCUCUAUCUCUGGCCAUUCGCCGAAGGCAUCAGGUCAGGAGUUGGCGCAGUCAUGAUUGCUUACAACGCUGUCAAUGGGUCGGCCUGCUCUCAGAACAGCUAUCUCAUGAACGGAAUUCUGAAGGACGAGCUUGGCUUUCAAGGCUUUGUCAUGUCAGACUGGCUUGCGCAGAUCUCAGGAGUCUCCUCGGCAUUGGCCGGCCUUGAUAUGACUAUGCCAGGCGACAUACACACCGUUCCUCUUGUACUCGGCGAAUCGUACUGGAUGGACGAGUACUCCAGGGCCAUAUUGAACGGAUCCACGCCUGUUGACCGAUUGAAUGACGCGGUUACGCGCAUUCUGGCGGCGUACUUCCAAAUGGGUCAAGACCAGAACUAUCCGCCGCCCAACUUCGACACCAACACGCAAGACGCUGAAGGCCCUCUUUACCCGGGAGCUCUCUUCUCCCCGACAGGUGUCGUCAAUGAAUUUGUUGAUGUGCAAGGGAACCACGCCGAAGUGGCCAGGGAAAUUGCUCGAGACGCGAUCACUCUGCUCAAGAACAUCAAUGGAACCCUGCCGUUGUCCGGAAACGCCACUCUGAAGGUGUUCGGCACCGACGCGGAGAAGAAUCCCGAUGGUAUCAACUCUUGCUCUGAUCAGGGCUGCAACAAGGGAACGCUCGGCAUGGGCUGGGGCAGCGGUUCAGCACGCUAUCCGUAUAUGAACUCACCGAUUGAUGGUUUGAACACUCGCGGAGCGAACUACCAAUUCUUCAACACCGACAGCUUCCCCUCGAACUCUAACCCAUCACCGUCGGACGUCGCCAUCGUCUUCGUAACCGCAGACUCCGGCGAGAACUAUAUCACCGUAGAAAACAACCCAGGCGACCGGACCAGCUCAAAUCUCAACCUCUGGCACAACGGGGAUCAGCUCAUAAAAGACGUUGCCGCCCAAUAUUCGAACGUCAUCGUCAUCGUCCAUACGGUUGGCCCAGUCCUCUUGGAAGAAUGGCACGAUCUCCCCUCCGUCAAAGCCGUCCUCUUUGCGCAUCUUCCUGGCCAAGAAGCCGGUGAUAGUUUGAUGCAAGUCCUCUUCGGCGACGUCUCCCCGUCAGGCCAUCUUCCCUACACGAUUCCCACAUCCGAGGACGACUACCCUGAGAGCGUCGGCCUCGUCUACUUCGAAGUCGGCCAGCCGCAAGACACGUUCACUGAAGGGCUCUACAUCGACUAUCGCCACUUUAACAAGGCCGGAAUCAAGCCGCGCUACGCUUUUGGUCAUGGCCUCAGCUACACGUCCUUCUCCUUCUCUAACGCAACCAUCACGCCCGUCACACCUUUGACUGCAACACCGCCCACUCGUCCCGCGAAAGGCGAGACGCCGUCGUAUCCAACUACGAUCCCUCCAGCAUCUGAAGCCUACUGGCCCGAUAACUUCAAUCGCAUCUGGCGCUACCUGUACUCGUGGCUCGACAAGUCCGAUGCCGAUGCCGCUGCAGCAGCCGCAAACUCAUCCGCCACAUACCCGUAUCCAGAAGGCUACUCCAACGAGCAGAAACCCGGUCCUCCUGCUGGCGGUGCUCAAGGUGGCAACCCCGCGCUUUUCGACGUCGCCUACGAUGUCUCGGUCACGAUCACUAAUACGGGAAGCAGAGCCGGAAAGGCGGUCGCGCAGCUAUACGUCCAGUUCCCAAGCGGCAUUUCGUUUGAUACUCCCGUCAUUCAGCUUCGUGACUUUGAGAAGACGGCAGAGCUCGCAGCGAACCAGAGUCAGACGGUGCAGAUGCGUGUUACAAGGAAGGAUCUCAGCGUCUGGGAUGUCGUGUCGCAGAACUGGAUCAUUCCGAGCGUGGACGGGGAAUACGGUAUCUGGAUUGGAGAGAGUUCGGACACUCUGGCGCUGAAGUGCAGUACGGCGUCUGGAAGCUGCACUGGGAAUCAGACGAGCCCUGUCUAG